AUGACCGGUGUAGACGACAAGGACUGGACCACUCGGCCCAUGGAAUUACUUUAUGGUAACGUCACCAACUCGCGCGCCGUUACACCCAACAGUGUGUUACGUAUUGGCGGUGAAUCCAUGUAUAUAUCGACGCGUAAAUUAGCCGCAUAUGAAGGCGUGCCUAUCAUCACGGACUUCCGGACCACAGACCGAAUCUUAGGACCGAGUUUUUACUUGUACAAGAUCAUAUCACACGUGAAUCCGACCGUGUGGGAGAAAGUCGUAACCCCCAUGGGUCUACAUCUAGUGACGCACGUCGAUUACUCUCCCGUCAUUGUACAGAUGCGACAACUGGGAUAUAGGAUCCAGAUCAUCGCCGGAUGCUGGGAAUGGCGCACUGUAGAUUGCUUGGAUGUGGUAUACCGCCACAGUUUCACCGACUUGGGCCUAAAAAUCGUGGACGAUCACGAUAUACCCGUGUAUCGUAAAGUUUUUGAGAUCUUGCAAGAGAGUGAAACUGACACCUAUCGCUUACCUUCACAUGCGCACGCUGAGACCUUCCACUAUGGCGAAACUAUCAACGGUGACGCCGUCGUGGGCGUUAACACGACCAAUGAUCGGGUCUUUGUUGCCAUUACAGCAACCGUCAAGUCACUGACGCGAUUCGCUAUGCUGGAACAAUUGCAGACCCUGGUCCUGGGAGGCGCCACGUUGCUGCGCAUAUGUGUGGACGUACUGAACCUUGAACAGUCGACCAACACGGACUCGGCGCUGCUAGCCCAGCACCACGAGUUGGACCCCACCGACGUUGAUCGGCUCGCGGGGUCCAUACAUGUCUGCUGCAACAUCAAGGGGCUUACGCACCAAGACCAGGUCGACGCGUACCUGCAGUUUGCCGGGGAAUCGGAACAGCCACAGUUUGCUUUGGAACACGUAAAUAUCCGAGAAGGUCCGGCCGGUACCGGUAAAUCGUACAUGGCCGUGUUGGGGGAUGUCGGUGUCAUGCGCGAGUUGCACGGAUCAUUUCUGACCACCAACACCAACGCUUUGGUCAAUGCACACAAGUCCAAGAUAUUCCAUCACGGGGGGUGGGACGGUGUGUCCGUGACCAGCAACGAGGACGGUAAUCCGACCAUCAACCCCAGCACUCUCACCACCGAGUACGCGGCCGAGAACUUUGGCACUAACACGGUGCAUAUGUCGGCGUUUACAUGCGACCGCACCCUCUCCGGUGCCAACGGCGGUGAAUAUAAAUACAUAUGGGACUCCUUGGUCAAGUUCAUAUACGAAGGAUCAGGCAAACUGAACGGCUUUAUCCCUAAAAGGUCGGAUCGACACGAGUUUGUACGUAUACUGAGGCUGCUGAACCUGUACAAUGAAAUGGCAAACGAGGUAAACUCGUGGAACACCGUGGACGAGGUCAAAGACGCAUUCUUGGCUAAGAUAAAUGCCCGCGACGAUUCCAAAGAACCCCCGCACCCACUUGGUAUCAAACCUUUUCUGGGCGGCCCGAAAUCACAUUCGGGGGUCCCGAAUUGGUUUGAUUGCAAGUACGUAAUCCUGGACGAGUUUGCGAUGCAGUCACCCAAGUUCGUAUUGUGUCUCAUAGCCAAGUUCUGGAAUGCCAAGUGGAUGGUCAUCACGCGCAACUUGGAGUUGCUUAAUUCAGCCAAAGUGUCCCGGUUGCCCAACAUAUCGUACUACCGAUACACGACCGUUCGGCGGUUCGAUACCGGUGACCGUAUCAACGAAUUGGUAGCUAGGCUGAUGGAUAUACGUACCGGGUUAUCCGAAAACAUCAUCAUCUCGGUCAGUUACCAGGAGUUCCAGAUCAAGAGUAUGCUCAAACAGUACUUCCCGGAAGUCCUUAUCAAGCGCUCGGAGGGGCUCCAGCUAUUCUACGAUUCUCGGGAUUCGCACAUGAAUUAUCUUAUAUCGGCGCGACGUUCGUGCCCGUACAACGUGUGUACGAAAUGGGGUAGAUUCUACAGUGAACCCGCGGAAGAUGACAGCAUGCCCCGACUCACCGAGUCCCAGAGAGCCAAGCUACGCCUGAACUGCAAUUGUUCGGGCAUGAAUAUUAUCCAGCAAGUCCGAGAUGAACGCCCGGAAGACAAGCAGUUUGUGAAUAGUGGUGUGCCCCAGGGUACCUUUGCGACUUGCUGUGGCUUUACCGUACAUCAAUUCCAGGGCGGUACCGUCGACCCUCCGAACACCAUCAUCUAUCAUCUAUCGUCGGGAUGGGAAUACACAAGUGAGAUACUCGACGAUGCGACAAGAGUUCAAGACCUUCUUCGUGUGCUGCGGCUUUUCUACACAUUUGUCAGUCGAUGUAGAAGAAUCUCCCAAAUAUUCGUCAUUGACGAUGCCCUGGAGUAA